AUGACUCAAAGGCCAGAUGUCACGGUAGCCAUCGAUUUUGGCACGACAUUUACGGGUGUUGGGUUUCUAUUCUCUACUGGCACAAUCGACAUAUUGAAUAACUGGCCAGGAAACAACCAGCAAAGUGAGCAAAAGGUUCCAACGCGUCUGAUCUACAACCAUGACAACACCGUUUCCUCCUGGGGGUUCCAAUGCGAUGUUCUCGAUGUCCAGGUCUCGCCUGGAAAGAGAGACUAUCGAUUUUUUAAACUAUUCCUUGAUCAGGACACUUGCGACGAGGCAAGACGAGGAGGCGUCACGCAUGGUCUAACGAGCACCAAAGAAGCCGCAAGAUGUGGUACCGACUACCUUAGACAGAUCUAUCGCCAUAUAAAAAGCACUUACGAAGAAAGCACUGGAGUACGAAACUGGGCGAACUUGACCGUCAAAUUUCUUUUUAGUGUCCCUACAACUUGGAGAGGCAUGAAAGUGAUCAAUGCGUUUAAAAAAAUGACACUUGAUGCUGGAUUCGGUACUGAAGGGCCAGGGCACUCUUCAAAUAUUGACUUGACGGAGGCCGAAGCCGCUGCUGUUGACACUCUCAAAGGCGGUGUGGUUGAAUUCGGAACUGGAGACAUAUUCCUGACUGUUGAUGCUGGUGGAGGUACAACUGACCUUUCGCUAGUUCGUGUUACAUCUGUCGACAACAGGAUUGUACAAAUAUCUCAGAUCGCCGAGGUCAACGGUGUCGCCACAGGGUCAAUUCUCAUUGACUACGAUUUCCAUGGUCUGGUGGAACAGCGUUUAUCCUCCAACCCGAGCGAACUGGAUGGUAUUCCAGAUAUCCCAGUGAUGAUGAUGACGAGCGAGCGUUUCAAGAUUAUUAAGCAUCACUUUGGGGAAACCACAUUCAAUUCACCAGUCUAUAAAAUCCCGGUGCCUGGCUUGGCGUAUAAUUUCAGCCAUGCAGGGCUGAGAAUUGAAAACGGUCGCAUGACCUUCGAUAGGGAAGAGAUACAAGGCCUUUUCGAUCCUCAUGUCGACAAAAUUAUAGAUAAGAUCAAGGAACAACUAGACUGGAUGAUAGAGAACCAACCCGGUGAGCAAGUGACACGCAUGAUUCUUUCCGGGGGACUGGGGAGCUCUGCAUAUGUGCAGCAGCGCCUUAGGGAACAUCUCAAUGAUUUUAGCCAUCCUGCCGCUCAGAACUGUCGGGUCAUCCGUAGUCGAUUCCCUCAAACCACUGUGGUCAGAGGCCUGCUUGAAGACCACAAGCAGCGAAUGGAAACAGUAAACAAGCCGGUUAUGGCCACUUACAUCGCUCGGGCGAGCUACGGUGUAGUGAUUCGCGAGAUCUACGACCCUGCGCGUCACUUUAAUGAGCAGAUCGAGUAUGAUGAACACAAUCCUCGCGACAGAUGGGCUAUCAACCAGAUCCAGUGGGUCAUUCGCAAAGGAGAUUCGGUGGACCCAAAUGAACCAUUAAUAAAACAGUUUGCGAUACGUUUGCAGCCUGGUCAGACAACAAGAUCAUGGGACUCUCAGAUUGUUGUUUCUAGGAAUGAGAUUGAUUUCCUCCCUCGAAGCUUACGACAAGCUGGUGUCAAGAGGUUGUGUCUUGUGAAAAGUAACCUUACGGGUGUUCAAGAACACGAGCUUGUGCUUCAAGAAAAGCGUGGCUUCUGCUGUUUCAGUCAAGGCUACAAGUACUACAGCUGCGUGUUUGAUAUUCAUGUAAUUGUAGCUUCGGCUGAUAUACGUUUUGAGUUGUGGUUCCGGGGUCAAAAGUUCUCUAGAAACCAUGACCCAAUUAAAGUUGAGUGGAAUUAA